AUGCAAAACCAGGGCAAGGAACGCCCGCGACCGCGGUACCUCCGUGGUAUGGCUAUUGCGUUACACAUGCGCAAAGUCAGUUCUCGUCCCCAGAGCCCUUCGUUUCUUGGUCAUGUGGUCUUGAAACGAUGGGCUCAUUACAAAUUUAGCCACGGGGCUCUGGGGGCGAGAUUUUACCCUCAUUGUGGCUUCUCAGCAUGGAGAGAGGUUUGGUAAUUUUUGGUAAAAUAUAGUGUGUGCUUCCUUGCUGUUUUGGUUUUUCAGAACAAAGUAACAGAAAAGUAUACAAACUAGAAAAGUGAACCAAGUACCUUCUCGCUCACAUAGAGACUUGGCAGACUUGGCUUGUUUCUUUUUCUUUAGCCUACGAGUAACCGCACCCUUCCCCCGACAAAGAGAGGGAGCAAAUUGAAGGAAAUAAUCAAGUAAUUAAAUAAUAAUUGAAAAUGUGAUAUCAAUAAUAAUGUUGGGAAUAUUGAGAAUGCUCCAGGCCAUGCCAUAAACUGAUAAAGACGUGGAAAUAAUAUGAUCGGUCGGUUGUUCAAACGUCACGAUUUGUAAUUUGUUGGAUUGCAUCAUCUGUUUUUCGGGUGAAAUCGACAACUGCGGCCGGCCGGCCGGCGAGGUCUAAUGUAAUUCAAAUGUAUUCUGCUUCUGACUGGUGUUUAUAUUCUUUUCACUGACAGCUCGUGACGGCGACUGCUUUUUAUGAAUAUUGCCUUCUACAGAAAGAUCUUCGGGCGAUUCAUCCAGAGCCACAGUGUCCGCCUAGCGAAUAUUUUGAUUUGUCUGAUCUGGGAUUUAAACCGUGAGAACUUUACGAGGGCUUUUGUCACGGUCAAUUCUACAAAAUUGAAAAGACUCUUAAAAUAGCCCAAGUCACCGAUCUGACCUCGAAUCACGCCAUCAAAUUUUGGUUGUUAUAUAACUGGGCGCAAUCAUUAUCGUCAAUGUCAUUGUGGUGAGAGCUGUACAUGGAGUAGACAUUCAAGCAGUGACUCCAUUGGCGGCAAGGAAAACUGAACGUCAAAACUACCACAAACCUGAAUUCUACGCAAUGCAGAGGUACGUAUCAACUAUUUUCCUGUGGCUCAUUUUCCUCUUGUAAUCUGGUAACACGCUAAACGGAUAAUUUCAGUAUCCCGGGGCUUACUUUUUGCUACAGACUUCAAGCAUACGAUAACUCGUAACACAUAUUUCUAGCAUUUAGAACUUGUUAAUACAUCUGCUCUGCUCAAGUAAUAUCAUUCAUAAGGAAUAAGAAGACGUCCUUUCAUAAAAUGUAAUUGGAAAUUUUAUCACCUUGUUUAUAUACUAGAACAAUUUCGUUCAGCUGUCAUUUCUAGAGCUGUGGUUGAAAGAAGGUGAGCACUGAGAAAUGAACCUGCGAAUGAAAAAUCAAGUUUAUGGAACGAUUCGCAAGACAAGGAAGGUUCGCUUUUUAUUAUACGGUGUUCAGAUAAUUAGUUUCAUUGCGCAGAAGCCUUUGAUGUUUCUGUCCUGUCCUCGUCUGUUUAUUAAUCUCUCUACCGUAACAUUGCGGCCGUAUUUUCCCACGCUAGGAUAUAGUCCUACUAAUAAGGCAAACAGUUGUUUAAAAACCCAAACAAUAUUUGCCUCAAGUCAUGUAUCAGCAUUGUUAAUAUGCGUGCUGAAUUUGCGUACUUAUAUAGAUUUUUGGGCUGUUUUUGAGCCGUAAAUAACUGGCAUAAUGGUUAUUUGAUGUCAGAAAUCUGAAACGCUAAAUUGAACAACGUGCGAUCUCGCUGACCUAUGUACCGUGUAGGUCAACAAAUAUGCAAUGACGCGCUUUUCAGUAAUGAUUAUGGGUGCCAUUUAACAUGCCUAAAGGAUAUUACGACUCCGCACAUGGAAUAAAUUUCUGCGUGAAAUAGACCACCCUGAACUGUAACGUGUACACGGUAUUUUCCUUGGCUUUUUGAGCCAGACUCUCAGAAAACAAAAGAUUCGUUUUCAAUUUUGGCGACUUAUUAUAUACCAUAAUCAAAAAUCUCAACAAAAGCCUUUUAUGAUUGCUAAUCAAGACGCUUUACACUUCAUCUUAAUUAGCAUGGCAGGUAACUCUUUUAGGCUCCGCAACACACGUGUUUUAACUAGGCCUCUUGUCAUGUCAAUUUCGGAAAUCCGAGGAAUUCGGGAAGAAUUAUUAAACGGGUUAGUACCUGCUGUUCAAAACGCUGUAAUCGGUUCAAGUAGAGGUUAAAGUGGAUAGUAGCCCAUACUACCAGUGCUAGUCCCUAUUUUCGGAUUUUUGAUCAGUUGACACUGAAUAUCUUACUCGACCAGGUUUAAGCGAGUAAGCGGUACCCCUUCAACCGUCUUAAAAACCGACCUCAAACAUAGAAAUACAAACAUCCCGAAACAUUUAAAUAGUUGAUCCCAGUAUCAGCUUUCGUCCGUAACUGAUAUUAAAGAAUGGAUUACCAAAUUUCAAACUUCUGAGCCCGAAGCAAAAUGGACAAAGAAGAAAACUUCUAUUUGUAGUACGUCUUUUUUUUUUCCGCCUAAAAGGUUUUGAGUAGUGAAAAAGGCUGGAGCAGCUAGUGCGUUACCAUAACCUGUCAGGCGUUUUAGAGGGAGGGAUCGAGGGCUACAUACCUUACAAAGAAGGAAAGGGUUACAUCAUUAUACAUUUUCCAAUUACUACGUUCGUCGUUUAAUAAAUUCCUCAUUAUUAAUAAAAUUUCUGGGCGAGGUUGUACUAACACCACACUCGCAGCACCCAAAAUGGAUAAACAUCGACCUCAUUUCUUUGCUUUUUCUUUCUUGCAGUCAAAAGUUGAAGGGCUCUUCCUCGACAUCACGUGACUGCAUGAGACAGACGCAAGAAGACUUUCAAGAGGCCGUCAAUAGAAGGGACAAGGCCGAGAUAAGCAGGUUAUUAAAAAAUGGUUUUAACAUAAACGCAUUAAACGAAGCUGGAGACACUCCACUGCACCAGUGCAUAAGGGAUGGAAAAACGGAAUCCGCAAAGCUAUUGGUCGAGUUCGGCGCUGACGUGAAGAGAACAAACAGAGAUGGCUGGUCACCAGCUCACCUCGCAACGUCAUUGGGCCACAGAGAUCUUCUGCUCUAUUUGAUAAUGCAUUCCAACGACAGAUAAUUCCCCCGGAACAAGCAAACUCAGAACAAAUGCUGACAUCAGUCAUUGUUCACGUGUUGUUGUGGUCGCUGGCUCCAAGGUGAUAUGCGACGGACACACCAAUAAAAAUUUUAAGUAUCAUAGACAACAACGUUUCUUGCGUGGUCGGCUGUAUUUUGACCCGUAUUUUGCGCUUGGAUGAUGUCGAAGUGCAACACUAAAUUUGAAGGGAAAUUAAAGUCACUCAUCGCUGCCUUAAUUUUAUAAUAGUGCAUGAAAGUUCGCUUGAACGCCAAGACGAUAAUGAUGUAAAUUAACUGAUGUUAUAUUUUGAUCUUUUUCAGCUGCAUCAGUUGGACACUAAUUAGCCUUACUAUCGCCUUUAAAUUGCAAAACAUGGCUCGUCACGCAGUCCUUCCGAUCGUUGUGGACGAUUGCGUGACAAAACAAAUUUGUAACCUAUUCGAAGCUGUCAGUUAGGGCCUCUUCUAAUGAGGCCGGUUGAUAAGGCUGGCCCGGUUACUGGGACCAAUUCUGGGUCCACGUGAGAAAUUUCUGCCCGAUUUCCGAGAUGAUAAAUGGCCGU